GGGGAGGCGGCGAACCGAUCUGUGACCGGUUCAGUGAGGAGCACCCGACGAUGGGCCAGUCUGCGACAGCACGUGAGCAGCAACGACGGUGGCAAGCCGAGGGUAGAGCUUCUCCUCGAUCCCCCGGGAUCCAGGUCCUCGACGCCGUCCUCUCAACCGCACACACCCAACACCCCCCGCACGCCCCACACGCCCCUGAGGAAGUCCAACUGGGAAGUGAUCGAGCACUUCACCGGCGCACCCCGUCCCUCCAUUAUCACGGUGGAGAUGUUGUAUCAGCGUUACUUCUUGCGUAUGAAUCAGAGCAACAUGACGCACGUACUCGGCCUACUGGCCGGCCUGUCCAUCGCCCUGGGCUUGCUGCUAGUCCUACGGAUUAUUCUGGAAGAUAAGGAACAAUUCCUCCACACUUUCGAAAAGCCGGAGAAUCUGUCUCUGGCCGUCACGCUCCUCGCCUGUAUCGCAAUUUACGCCGCGCUGGUGGCAGCGAUAUCGAGACCGGGUAUGAACGAGAUCUGGUUAGCUGGCGUGAGCGGAAUAGUCCUGGUGACGUUGCUGGCGUUACAAGUGGCGUUGAACGUGCACCUGGCGAUGGACGGAUCGAAGGAUCACAAGAGUGGAGGCCCGUUGGCUGCCGCCUGGGCCGUUUGCUUCUUCAUUUACAUGGCGUACGCGUUGCUGCCUAUAAGGCUGAGGUACGCCUGCAUAGCCGGUUGCAUCUUCUCUGUGGCCCACCUGAUCGGCGUCUUCGCCCUCUAUCCCGCUAGCUACCCGGCCAUCGUGGAACACUUGCUGAGUUCUAUCGUGGUUGUGGGUGGAACGAACAUGGCAGGCGUGUUGACGCACCACCCCAGAGAAUUGGCGCAGAGGCAGGCCUUCCUCGAGACCAGGCAAUGCGUCGAGGCUCGUUUGACCACUCAACGGGAAAACCAGCAACAGGAACGACUUCUAUUGAGCGUGCUCCCGCGACAUGUAGCCAUGGAGAUGAAAGCCGACAUCGCUGGCAAACCGAAGGACACCAUGUUUCACAAAAUUUACAUCCAGAGGCACGAGAACGUCAGCAUCCUGUUUGCGGACAUCUGCGGAUUCACCUCGCUGUCCGAUCAAUGCACCGCCGAGGAGGUCGUCAGAUUAUUAAAUAAAUUAUUCGCCUGGUUUGAUACACUGGCGGCGGAGCAUCAUUGCUUGCGAAUCAAAUUGCUCGGAGACUGCUAUUAUUGCGUUUCCGGGCUACCGGAACCGAGGCCGGAUCACGCGCGUUGUUGCGUGGAAAUGGGUUUGGACAUGAUCAGCGCGAUUACAUUGUACCGGGAGGUGGGCGCCGUGAAUGUGAACAUGCGAGUGGGAAUACAUACGGGCAGAGUUCAUUGCGGGGUCCUCGGCCUCAGGAAAUGGCAAUUCGACGUCUGGAGUAACGACGUCACCUUGGCAAAUUACAUGGAAAGCGGUGGUGUACCAGGGCGAGUGCACAUCACGAAAGAGACGCUGGACUGCCUGGGCGGUUUCUAUGAGGUCGAAGAGGGCCACGGGGGUGAGAGGAACGCGUACCUGAAGGAGCACAAUAUCAAAACGUACCUGAUCGUACCUGGAGACGCUUUCAAGGGCAACCUACCUUCUUCUGGUCUGAGGAAGGGCCUCCCAGCCAAUGGGAACAUAUCCAAAGAGAUGAGAGUCAUGGGUCAUGGGUCACAGCAUGGGAAACAGGCCAAGAUGGGAUUUGGGGAGGCGACGGAGGCGAAGAAGGACCCUGAGGAUGAGGUGAAUGAGUACCUGAUGAAGGCGAUUGAUGCUAGGAGUAUUGAUAGGCUGAGGGCAGAGUAUUGCACUCCGUUUAUUCUAACGUUUCGUAGACCUGAUGUCGAAGAGAAGCUCACAUUGGCCAGGAACCGGGAAUGCGGGAAUAGGAGCGAAUCGCUCGACAAUUCCAGCGUCACGUUCCGUAGCAUCGAUGACCCCAACGACGUCUGCUAUUGCAGUGUCUUCGCUGAC